GGUAUGACAAAAUUGCUGUUUGAGUGUUAUCAUCUAUGCCAAGAAAACCUAGAAAAACACAUCUCGGCACUCGGGGAGAAUUAGCCUCGCUUCUGCUAGCGAGGGAGACUACAGGAAGACAGAAAUGAAGUCAGCACUCGUUGUAAAUUACAGCCUCUUAAUUGUAAUAUUAGCGUUUUUGUUGCUCUGUGCAACUGGAUCUAGUCAUUCCCAAAGGCAAAGUUUUUUGACCGCCUCUUUUCAAGUGAGAUGCAGUAACUGUUGCAUUGCUCAUACUUUCAAGUUGUCUGUCAGAUACAAAAUUAAUCAAAGCUCUGAUUUUAAUCCUUGGUAUUUAGCAUAUAGUGACAAUGGCUAUUGCAAUGAUGGAAAAAGACAAAACAUCAGUUUACCAGUUGAUAAUGUCAGUCAAGUGCAGUAUAGGCUUGAAAUGCCAGCCCAAACUGCUGAGAGAUGCAACAUAGUUAUGGAUGAUCGUGUUUAUCUUUAUCUCAACAAUAAUGAAAUGAAUGUCAGUACCAGCUUCCUCUUUUGUAAUCAUGUAUCUGCCACCAAUACAGAUGAACCAGUGAUUAUUGAGACACAAAUUCUUGCUUUGAGUACAACGACAAAUUUGUUUAUCAUUGAUUCAUCUAGCUGUGAUAAUGACUCUAGUCUUCUUUUUGCUAGUCAAAUAUCUCCUGAUAUUAUUUGCCCAAUAAAUGUUCUUGACUGCCAAAUCGAUAAUGACAACAUAUUACUCACUCUUUCAUUUUUACUGACUCUUCGGUAUCCUUGUCAUUGUGAUUGUGUUUGUCAAGCACUGGAUUCAGCUGAUGAAGGGAUAUUACUUUCAAAAAACAGUAUGAAUACACUUACGUCAUUGCACUUUUAUACUGACAGUUGCAAUGGCAUGAGCUCAAGCCAUCUUAAAAUAUCAAAAUGCAUUUUCCCAGAUGCAUGCAUGCUGGAGUAUGAUGGUCAAAAUAUUUCCUGUACUGUGUCAAAGAAGGAAGGCCCACAUUUUUAUAGCUUAACAUUAAAUGUAACAAAAGGAGAAAGUAUAUCAUUUAUUUGGAAGCAAUACUUUACUGCUCAGUCACUUUAUUGUGACAUAUGGGCAUUGGAUGAUGUCGCUGUAAGUAUAGAAUACCUUGGGCAGUCUCGUGUAAUUUAUAAUGAAACAUUUAACAAUCCAUCUGGUUGGAUCUUUUAUAAUGGAAGGGAGUCGGAUGAUUCAAUUGAAUGUGAUAACAGAAAUGGGAAGUGUUUAUUCUUUAGUGAUGGUCAAGGUGAAGCCAAUAGAACAGCUACGUCUCCAUUGUUUGAUGUAAACCUUGUUGAAAUUGUUACUCUGCCAAGUGUAUUUUCUUCAAAUGUCCUAUGUGAUGCGAAUGAUGAGACUUUGAUACAUAUUAGCUUCUUAUUUCAGCUACACAACUUCACUCAACCACUUCCUAUUACUGAUUCAUUUCCCAAUACCAUCCUCCUCUCACUUAGCACUGAUCAAUAUGAGGCUCCAUUAGCUUAUUAUGCACCAGUUGGUAACAAAUACUGGACUGAUUUUAAUACUACUACAUUGUAUCAUGUGCCAAUUUAUUCACCGAAUUCUACGCAUAAAACUGAAUUGUCUUUUUGCAUUUCCAAAAAUGUUGAUAGCUUCUAUUUGAUGUGGGAACAAGAUAACUACACUGUUGGAGCUGAUAUUUGGAGUCUUGGUCAAUUUAGUGUCUUGUCUAAACAAAGAUUCAAUGAGCCACUUUGGGAUCAUGCCAAUGGUAACAUAAUGCAUCCAGGAUGUAGUAGUAGUAGUGAUAAUAGUAGUGCAUUUUUUCUAAUGAAUGAAGGAAAUGCAUCUGCAUCACGAUUUGUUAGAAUGUUGAUUCAACGCUCUGUUAUUCAGCCAACUAGCUCUCUUAGUGGCAUUUUACCAUCUUCAACUCCACUGCCUUUAUUCUGUGAAAGUAAUGGAACAUGGCCUAAAACUUCUGCCAAUCAAAAUGUCAGUGGCUUUUGUCAUAAUGGAAUAAUUAAUGCCAAUAGAUUUUGCAAUAGAGAUGGAGUGUGGGAAGAAAUCAUAUGUCACACUAGUGAAGAUUUUAACAGGAUUUCACAGGAGAUUAAACAAGACCCUAACUUGGCCCUGAGUAUUUUGAAUGAAACAAGAGAGGCUUUUUCAAGUAGGGAGGCAGUAGUUUUACUUAACAUGAUAGUAACAUCAGUGGAAAAUGUGACUGAAGAGCACACAGAGCAAGUAAUUGGUAUAUCUGAAUCAAUAAUUAGAAUGAAGAACAUUUCAAAUAAUAAGGAGCAGAGGAGAAUUGCUGGUACUCGUUUGUUGCUAAUACUUGAUGAACUAGCACUGAAAUUAGAUUCCAAUAAUAGUGUUAUCCUCUCUGAAACUAUAAAAAUGAAAAGUCGAAAAAUUAUCAAAGCUGAUAGAGUUGUAGGAAUAUCUUUUGAUGGAAAUUCUAUUACUUUACCACCCGAGAUAUUUAGUACUUUGCCUGUUAGAGUAGCAUCAUACAUUCUUCAGGACUUGUCAUCAGUACUUGAACCAAAUAGCUCUUCACUACAAUUGAUUUCUGAUGUUGUAUCUGCUACAACUGAUUGUAAAGGAUGUAACUUUGUAAAUUUAUCGGAGUCUGUUAAUAUUACUUUCAAUCUCUCAUCAUCACCACAGGUGGAAAUUCGUAACCUUAUAUGUGCGUAUUGGAAAAUUAGAAAUUCUUCAGAUAAUUCUUCGGUGACUGGUGAAUGGGACACAAAUGGAUGUAAUACUUCUAAUAAAGACGGUUCUAUAUUGGAAUGUAACUGUGACCAUUUAACACAUUUUGCUAUUCUACUUAGUCCAGACUCAUCAUCUUCAGUUAAUGGCAGUAAUUUGGUUAUUUUGACAACUAUUGGACAAGUGUUUGUAACUAUCUCCUUAGUGUGUAUGUUACUGACAAUAUUGUGUUAUUCCUGUAUGAGAAAACUCUGGAGCAUUAGGAACUAUAUACACAUAAUGCUGUGUAUCAACUUGUUUAUAGCGCAACUGACGUUUUUAUUUGGAGUUCAAAGAAUUGAAAACAAAGUUGCCUGCUCAAUCAUCGCUACUGUAAUGCAAUACAUGUUUUUAGUUACGUUCAUGUGGAUGUUAAUGGAAGGAGCCAUUUUAUACAUAGCAUUGGUUAAAGUGUUUACUACUCGCACAAGGCAUUAUGCAGUAGCUUUUACGCUUGUCUGUUACAGUGUUCCAGCUAUUUAUAUGAUGUUAGUUGUUCCUAUUGGAUAUCUAGUUGAUACUGGUAAUAAUCAAUCUAAUCAUUACUUGCUUUACAAUAAUGAUGAACUGGUUGCUUGCUGGUUGAGUUAUGAGACUGGGUUCAUAUGGUCUUUCAUUGCUCCAGUCAUUUUGAUAAUUUUGAUUAAUAUUGGCUUCUUCAUAAUGGCAAUUGUAAUAAUGAAAAGACAUAAAAAAGCUCAACCAAACCAAUCAUUUUAUAAUGAUAUAAAGUAUUGGAUAAAAUGUUCUAUGUCUCUAACUUGUGUGAUGGGAAUAGCAUGGCUUGGUAGUGUUCUUUUCUUUAGAGAAGAGCUUCUCUUUAUUGCUUACAUCAUGACUGUAUUGAUUGCUGGUCAAGGAAUUGUUAUAUUUGUACUUUACGUACCUCUCUCUAAACACGUGAGGGCAGCAUAUUCUAAAUGGUGGAAUGACAAGAAAGCAAAUUCUGAAAUAAUUGGCAGCUUGUCGCUAAGAGCUUCAAAUCUUCUACGUCCAUUUUCAUUUCAACAAACAAGUGUUUCUGUCGCUAUUAAGGCUGAUCAAUAUUUACCAAAACAUUGUGAAAAUGUAAUAAUAGGCACAUCAAAGGAUUCUUCUGAUACUUUGAAUAAAGCCAGACUUGAUCAGAUAUUGAAUGAAAGUGGAAUGAAAGAUGAGUCUUUUAUCAUUGCCAAUGAAAUUGAUGAUGACUACCUUACAGUGACUGAUUCUUAAACUUGUGUAUUAUUAUUCAUUAUUUUUAAACUACUAAUUAUAUUAGUUGUGCUGCAAUCAUGUUUAGUGUUUGAAAAUUGAUGUAACACAUGGUGACAUCAUUGACAUGAAUCAACAGAGAUACUUGACUAUAAAAA